CUUUAGUGGAGAGAGAAUGGUCGAAGAUGGAACGAGGCCCUCCGACUCUCAGGCUCGGAAUUCGAAGGGGACGAGGUUGAUUGUGAAGAACCUGCCCAAGCACGCGACGGAAUCGCGCGUGAGGAGCUUCAUGGGCCAGCUCGGGGGAACGAUCACCGACGUCAAGAUCAUGAAGACGGCGACGGGGGUCAACAGGAGGUUCGCCUUCGUGGGAUACAAGACGGAGGAAGAGGCGGCCAGGGCCAGGGAGUAUUUUGACCGGAGUUUUUUGGACACCAGCAAGUUGGAAGUCGAAUUCGCCGUCCCGAGGGGCUCGGACAAGGACUUACCGCGUCCCUGGAGUCGGCACAGCGCAGGCUCAUCCGCGAACGAGCGAAUCCGUCGAGCGAGAGAAGAGACCGCCGUUCAGGAAGACGCGGGACAAGCCAAAAAACGUCAUUUAGAAAAUUCUGACCGUUCGACCAAAUCGGACCGCGUCUCUCGCCUAGAGGACGAAUCGAGCGAUGAAGAGUACCAGGACUUCCCUGGGCACAACGCCGCUGUUCCUGAGCCCAAUGCCGCCGUUCCUGAGCCCAAUGCCGCUGUUCCUGAGCCCAAAACCGCCGUCGCAGAGCAACAGAAACCCGUUCAAUCUUUGGAGAACGGACGCCUUUUCGUCCGAAAUCUUCCUUAUACGACGACCGAAAAAGAUCUUUCAGACCUAUUUUCGCCCUUCGGAGAUAUUUUAGAGGUCCACCUCGCCGUCGACAAAGAGAACAAAAGGAACAAAGGGUUCGCGUUCGUCUUGUUCUCUUCUCCCACAAGCGCCAUCGAGGCAUACUCAGCGUUGGACGGCAACAUAUUUCAGGGUCGUCUGAUCCAUAUCUUGCCCGCUAGAGACCCACUGAGCGACCCAUCGAAGGACCAUUCGACCUCCGACACUCGAUGCGGCUUUCAGAGCACCUUCCAGGCCAAAAAAUCGGCCGACGUCAAGCGCUCGGCAAUGCGGGACUACAACUGGAACAGCCUGUUUAUCCGUCCCGACGCGAUCGCCCAAGCCAUGGCCGACCGCCACCACGUCGAAAAAUCGGACAUCCUCGACAAAGAACAAUCCGGAUCCAUGGCCGUCACGCUGGCUCUCGGAGAAACCAGCAUCAUUCAAGAAACCAAAGAAUUUCUAGAAUCUCAAGGCGUCUGUUCAGACACUUUGAAAAGCCACUACGACCCAUCCGUCAAACGCAGUUCAACCACCAUCAUCAUCAAAAAUAUACCCGCUACGGCUCAACUCGACGAACUGCGCUCCCUGUUCGAAAAACACGGCACGCUGUCUAAAAUAAUCCUCCCUCCCAGUAAAACGAUGGCAAUCGUUGAAUUCUUCGCACCCGGAGAAGCUCGAUCGGCCUUUCGCUCCUUAGCUUACAAAAAUUUUCAUAGCGCCCCACUCUUCCUCGAAUGGGCCCCAGAAGGCCUCCUAAACCCCUCCUCUCAACCCGCACCCUCUCAACCCUCUCCCCGCGACCUACUCCUGUCGAAAAUCUCCGACUCCGAUCAGCCAGACCAAAAAUCCAACGUCCUAUUCAUCAAAAACCUCAGCUUCUCCACCGAAGAGUCCGCGCUUUCAUCAUUCAUAUCCUCCCUCGUCGCACCCCCAAAACACGUAUCCAUCGCCCGCAAACUCUCUGACGGCAAAAAACUCUCUCAGGGAUUCGGAUUCGCCGAAUUCCACUCCAGAGAACAAGCACUCUCCGCCUGGAAAAAACUCCAAGGAUCCGUCCUCGACGGACACGAACUCCGCGUCAACUUCAGCAACAACUCCUCGUUCGACCCACAAAACUCAAAACAAAGGAAACGAAAAAACCAGACCACACCCCCCUCCACCAAAUUACUCAUCAAAAACGUUCCUUUCCAAACCAACAAAAAAGAAAUCCAAGAACUUUUCUCACCUUUCGGAGAAAUCAAAAAAGUCAGACUUCCAAAAAAAUCCAACGGACGCUCGCAUCGCGGAUUCUCCUUCGUAGAAUUCCUCACCAAAGACGACGCAAGGAACGCAAUGACCUCCCUGGAAAACACUCACUUGUACGGCCGAAGACUCGUCAUCGAGUACGCGAAAGAUGACGAAAGCAUCGAAGCCAUCAGGUCAAAAACAUCCAAGCAAUUCGUAGAGACCUGACUCCGUGAACUUCUCGCUGUCUCUCAUUUUUCUUAUCCGACCACGAUCUGACGACUCAAAAAAAAACUUAAAAUUUCUUCGGUAUAACCUCGCGCUCUAUGGCUCAAAAUACCCCCCUAAAGCUAAAAUGUAUAUGACGCCAACUCUCGAACGCCCCCCGCAGUUCUCGAAUGCGCCGAUCACGGGCUCGCGAUGAAAAUUCAGAAAGGCGGGGGCAUGUUCUCACAUCUAAACU